AGACAGAGACGGAUCUUUACAGCAGUGCAGCAUUGUGCGGAGGGAGGAAUGACUCCAUCCUCUCAGCUCCUACCCCUCACAUGUGCCACAUCUCUGUCGGGAGCUGAAAUUUGUGCCUUUUCUGGGAUGGCAAAGCGACGGUAACCGAACAGACGGAGCAAUGUUGAUGCUCCCAGAGGAGCGGGCAAUGUCUUCCCCCAGCGGAAUCCUCGUCGUGUUCCUUUGCUUGGCACUGUUAGGCAGCUGCCAUGCCAUGGCACUGACCACAAACAUGGCCUCAAAGGUCUGGUCCCAGCUGGAGGAGGUCAGCCAACCAACUGACCGCCACCUGCCGUCAGACUUACCACUGUGGACUGCUUGGGCAACUGGAGCCAACAUGGCCGUGACGGCCUCUCCUGUUGAUCUGUGGACGUCACCGUCCGUGAGCGCCGAGGAAAGAGGCGCGCACGGUGACGACUCUCAACAGGGAGCUGUCCCCCGGCCCUCAAGUGAAUUCACAUCUAUGCAGAGAGCAGUGGGCCAGGGGACAUUUCAUUUCUCUGAGCCAGACGAUCCCGAUCCUUCUUUGACACACCGACUGGUCAAUAGUGAGUCCACCUGGGCAGACGAGGAGCACAUGCCUGACCUGCACUUCAGACACGCUCAAGAGGACUCGGCGCCCACUGACGCGUCCUCCCUGGCUGCACAGACACCUCUGUCUUCCGCUCCUGCUCAGGAGUGGAGCGCGAUCGACACUGCGAGCGCUGCCACCGUGGCGCCACCGCUGGGGUCCUCUGGCACGCCUGACCUGGGCACGUCAAUACCAGCUCUCACACUUCACCCAGAUACCAGGCCGACAGGGAGCCGUGUCACAGAUACGGGUUUAGACACUGAUGAUGCCGUGGACUCACAAGGUGAAGGAACCGAGGUUACGACCUCAGUGCUGCAUGAGGAAGAUUCUGCAGUGAGACCAACAGAGGAGUUGGCAUUCAUCACAGACUCUUUUGCAGGUGUAGCUCCAGAUGACGCCUGGUCAGACACGGACCCACUGUCCGAGUCCUCCUCACUCCCAGACUGCAACGCCGUCACCACAGGGGUCUGCAACACCUCCGAGACCUCGUGGGCUCCUCCUCCUCCUCCUCCGCCUCCACCUCCCCCCGGAGGCGACAAGAGCGUCAAGAGCAACGGUGACCUGGACGACCUUUCCUCGGCCCCGUUUCCCCCCGUGACCGUGCCGCUGCCCCUCUUGGUGCCCCUGCUGGCCGACUGGAACGCGGCCGUGGCCACGUGGGGGCUGGCGUGGGAGGCGCACGUGUACGGGCUGGGCUGCAUGUUCGCGCUGGUGGCCGCCAUCUCCGCGCUGUGCCUGCUGUGCCUGCCCUUGCGCCGGCCGGCCGGCUGCGGCCUGUUCGCCGCCGCGCACCUCCUCCAGCUGCUGACCGGCGCCGGACGGGCCUUCCUGCUCUUCUACGACCCGUACGGCCAGCGGGAGCGCCUGCCCGGCGCCGGCGUGCUGCUGCUGCACGAGGCUCCCUUCCCGUGCCUGACGGCCGCGUUCGGCGCCGCGCUGCUGCUGCUGUCGGCGCGUUCGCGCACCCGGCUGCUGCCGCGGGCGCUGCUCCAGCGCUCGUCCUGCGCGCUGGCCGCCCUGCUGCUGACCCACGCCGCGCUGGCGCUGGGCUUCGCCGGCCUGGAGGCGCUGCUGCCCGGCGUGCCCUGCCUGGCGCUGGUGCCGCCGGGCGCCUUCGUGGCCCUGGCGCUGCUCCUGGCCACGGCGUACCUGCUCUUCUACUGCCACGCCCGCGCCGACGCCAAGCACAUCUACCGGCUGAGCGAGGCCUCGCCCGAACGCUCCGCCACAGACGGCAACGCCGCCAACGCCAACGCCGCUGCAGCUGCUGCUGCUAACACGCCGCGCCACGCCAGCCAGUGCCCGUUCUCGGAGGCGGGCGUGUGGGAGCGUGCGGCGGGCACCGGGGUGUUCGCGGCGCUCUUCCUGCUGGCGUGCAGCGGGCUGCGGCUCUACGCCAUGCUGCUGGCGGCCGGGGUGGCCGGCGGGGGUCAAGCGGGGCUGCCGCCCUGGCCCUGGUGGGGCCUGCAGUUCAGCUUACGCGGCUGCGAGGCUGGCGUGUGCCUGACGCUCGCCCUCAUCAUCACCCACCCGCUCCUCUACUGCGGCCAGCGGGCAGCGGGCAUGUCCAAGCCCCCACGCUGGCCCGGCUUUGCCUGGCGCUCGGGCGGAGGUGGCUCGGGCGGAUCCGGUAAGCCGUCCCUCCUGCCGGGCGGUUACGGCUGGUCCCUGCGGCCCGGCGAGAAGCUGUGCGAAGGCCUGACGCGCAAGGAGAGCGAGAGCGUGCCGCUCUACACGCUCGCCGACCAGCGCUUCUCCGAGACCGACGGCCUGGACCUCCACUACCCCAGCACGCCGACCGACCUGACCGCCAAGAGGCUGGCCCACAGCAAGCUGGCCAAGGCGGUGUCCAUGGGCUCGUCCUUCGCCAGCCUGGACGGAGGGCUCUACAGCGACUCCACCGUGGACCUGCGGCCCCCGUCGCCCAUCGACCUGCGGCGGAGCAUCGACGAGGCGCUCUUCAGCGAGUCGCUGUUCUCGCGCAGCAUCUUCUGCUCCUCCAGACUCUCGCUGAGCACCAGGGGGCCCCCGGACGGCCAGCCCUGCAGGGGCCCCUCGGCCGCCGCCGCCGAGCCCGGCCUCUACCGCACCUCCUCCUGCGGGGACGUGGACCAGCCCGCUGCUGGCGCCGACGCCUCCAGGCCCUCCCACCGGGGGGUCCACACGCAGAGAGGGGCCUGGAGGGGCAGCAGCUCCGCCUCGCUCUGCGGCGGUCACUUCGGAGGCCACGGCGCGGCCGCGGCCCACGGCGCUGUCCCUCUCACGGUCUGCUGCGCUCACAUCGUCCCGGGCCAGGAGGUCCAGAGGGCGCCGCCGCGCCACCCUUCCCAGAGGAGAUACCCGACGCUGGGCUCCACGUCGUCCAGAGAGAGCCUGUGCGACACACAGCUGGACCGGGAGCAGGUGGACGAGCUGGCUGUUCAGGCAGAGUUCAUCAACGUGUGCCGGCAGAUUGAUGCUCUUAGCGUCAGCAGUGACACGAUUGAUCUGUAGGAGCCUAUUGAGAAGAGCGAGGAGUGUUCACAGGUGCAAUAGUACGGUGGCACUCGCACACAGUGGACUCUUAGAGUGGAAUGAACUGAUUGGUGUGGAGGGACUUCAACAUCUAAAUGUGUUCUAAUGCAUUUUUAAAAAGCUUCCCUGACCUGAGCGCAUACUCUAAUAGCAAGGAAGAGGUUUAAUGUACCAUCUUGUGGUCAUUUCACAGAGUGAAGAGCAGUUGAGUGGUAGGGAAAAAGCCAGCACUUCUAGGCUAUAAAACUCCCAAUUAAAACCACUUACUGCACUCAAUUUCACAUUUUUAAAACAUAAGUACGUAAUGUUUAUAUAAUAAGAUAUUCAAGUCAUAUAAACGCUUAUAAGUAUCAAUACUUAUGAGCAAGAGGUAUGAGCAAUAAAAGGGUACCAAAUGUAGGUGCUGUAUUGUGGUACAUAGAUAGAGAAAAAAAAGGUGUGUGGAAAUAGUCAAAACAUGUUGAAGAAAGUGGACCUUUCUGUGAGCGUCGGACGCAGACGUCUCGUUUUUACUGAAUAAGAUGAGACUUUUGGGACUCUUCAGCUUCAACUCGGCUAUCAACAAUGUGGAGCUCUGUGUAGCUGUGUCCAGCUUUCUGCCCUUAAUUUUGCCCUUUGAAGUGUUGCAUCCAUUUCAUUCCAAAGAAUCUCUUACCAUGCUGUGCUGCUUACUGCUGAAAUGCAACCAUUGUGAAGCUACAAUGAUAAUUUAUGUACUUUUUCAUGUACAAUUUAUAAGACUAUGCAAAAUAUGCGUAUUGUCAUACAAUA